AUGCGUUUCAUCAGCAUCGCCACCACCCUCUUCCUCGCCGCCACUGCCCUUGCCGCUGGCAAAGACUGCAAGCCUGAAUGCUUUGGCUCGAGCAGUGUCAAGUGUGUCUCUGACCACCCGGCCGUUGUCCGCCAGGGUCCCGGCUGCUUCAAGUGCUGCAAGUCCGCCUAA